AUGCUCCAGCGCCUGCUCCCUUACUUCUUCGUCUGGGACCCCGUCACGGCCCUCUAUCACUUUGACCACCGCCUCGCCGCCGUCCAAGCCCCCCAGCAGUUCCGCAACCUAUCCCCGCACGACCCAGACCCCACCGACCAGCGCGCCACCUUCUUCUUCGACGCCGUCCUCCCGGCCAAGGACUGCUUCAACGCCGCCCCGCUCGUCGGCACCACCAACCUCAUCAACCGCGCCGCCCUGCACCACGCCGACUACUUUCCCUACCACUCCGUCACGGAGGACACCGCCCUCUCUAUCAAGCUCCACUCUCUGGGCUACAAGACCUACUACGUCAACGAGCCCCUCGCGUCCGGCCUCGCCACCACCUCCCUGUGGAGCAACUUUGACCAGCGCGAGCGCUGGCUCAAGGGCGACUGGCAGAUCCUGCUCUCCAAGUCGGGCCCGCUCACGUGCCCCAACCUCUCCCUUGUCCAGAGGCUGCUCUAUUUGAAUAUGGGUUACGCCCGCUUGCUCUCCAUCGUCCAUCUCUUAUACGACUUUGCCUCCGUCCUCCUGCUCGUCUUCGGCGUCUCCAUGGUCGACGUCACCGACACCUUCACGUUCCUCGCCUACCUCGCUCCCUUCCUGUUCCUCAGCAUCUUCGUGCGUUGGGUCCGCACGCAGGGCGCGCACGGCCACAGCAAGUCCGAGUCCGGCGCCGACGCCUUCGAGACCAUGUUCCGCUUCGUCAGCGUCAAGAGCCUGUUCGUCGCCCUGUACAAAGGCAAGGCCAUCAAGUUCAAAGUCACGGACAAGGACGACGACGGCGAAGACGGGCACGCCCACGGCAAGGCCAGGAACGUGCCCCACCGCGACGUCCUGAAAAACCUCACCCGCGUCUGGUUCAACAUCGCCAUGGCGUGCCUGCUCUCGUUCGCCAUCGGCUACGCGCUGGCCAGCCCGCCCACGCACCGCGGCCCCAUGCCGCAGAGCAACAUCCUGCCCAUGGCCAUGGCGCUCGGCUUCGCGGCCGCAAACUUGCUCCCGCAUCUACUGGCCGUCUACCUCUGCUUCAUCCCGCUCGUGUCCGGGUGGGUCAUGCAGGACGUCGUGCAUGGCCGGUGCGAUCAGUAUGCGGUCGACCCUACCACCGGCAAGCGCUUCGUACCGUCGUCGUUUAUCAGCUUGCUUAACGUCGUGCAGGCCUGUCUCAUUUUUGGAGCCAUGGCUGCCCUGGUGGCCUACACGUUUAGAGACUCGUUUGCAAGGUUUAUUCCGUUCAUUCCUUUUCGAUGA